AUGGGCGUCGAAGCCGAGCUUGAGGAGUCUGGUGGUCUUGCCAGGACCCUGAAGGACCUUUUCUCUGGUGCCGCCGGCGGCAUUGCUCAGGUUCUACUUGGUCAACCAUUCGAUAUUAUCAAGGUCCGUCUGCAGACAUCCGAGGCAUAUACCGGUGCUCUGGACGCCGGUGCCAAGAUCUGGAAGAAUGAGGGUCCUCUCGCCUUCUACAAGGGCACCCUGACGCCUCUCAUUGGAAUCGGCGCAUGCGUCUCCGUCCAAUUCGGCGCCUUCCACUACGCCCGCCGCGCCUUCGAGGCCCGCAACCUCGCGGCCGGCGGUCCGGCCGGCUCGCACGACCUCUCCUACGCGCAGUACUACGCGGCGGGCGCCUUCGCCGGCAUCGCCAACGCCGGCAUCUCGGGCCCCAUCGAGCACGUCCGCAUCCGGCUGCAGACGCAGCCGCACGGCUCCGCCCGCCUGUACUCGGGGCCGCUCGACUGCGUGCGCAAGCUGUCCGCGCACGAGGGCGUGCUGCGCGGCCUGUACCGCGGCGAGGCCGUCACCGUCCUCCGCGAGGCGCAGGCGUACGGCAUGUGGUUCUUGACCUUCGAGUACCUGAUGAACGCGGACGCGAAGCGGAACGCGAUCGAGCGGAGGGACAUCUCGACGCCCAAGGUGGCGCUGUAUGGAGGCUUGGCCGGCGAGGCGCUGUGGCUCGGGAGCUACCCGUUUGAUGUGGUCAAGAGCAAGAUGCAGAGCGACGGGUUCGGGAAGGAGCAGAGGUAUAGGAGCAUGACGGAUUGUUUCAAGAAGACGUGGGCCCAUGAGGGCAUGGGCGGCUUUUGGAAGGGCAUUGGCCCGACGCUGUUCAGGGCCAUGCCCGUCAGUGCGGGGACGUUUGCUGUGGUCGAGUUGACUAUGCGUAUGAUCACCUAG